AUGCCUCCAAAAUCUAAAAAGCCAGAGGCGCCACCUCCGCCUCCGCCUGACCCCAGCCCAGAUGAAGCGCUUCCUCAAGAAUACAAGGAGCUCACGGAAUGCCCAUUUCCGGUAACAUGGAAGCCAGUCGUCAGUAUUGUCGAGUACGCGGCAGGGACAGAUGCGAAGGGCCUUCACCAGACGCUGAAGCGGAAGGAGCUCACGCGUCACAUCUCAAUACCAGAUGCAGUUCUGCGCCUGGACCCUUCAACAUCCCUGGGCCAGGAGGCAAAAGCCAUUAUGGACGCACAUAUAGCGGCAGGGCACGGGCCGGAUACCUGCACCUUUGGUCCCGAGAUAUGCGCCACGCUGAUGGCUGAGCGGUUUGCACGUGACCAGUUAGCAGAUUGGCGUGUGGAGCUGCACCGCCGCCGCAUGCAACUUCAAGCGGCGCAAGAGGAGGCACAGGCUGCCGAAGCUGCGCUGACAGCUGCGAACGACAGCGUGUCUGCGGCCGCACAAGCGUUGGAGGCGGCGCAGCGGGCGGCCGCGGAAGAGGCGGCGCGAAGGGCUGCGCUGGCGGCGGAAGAGGCGGAGGAGGGCGGCGGGAUGGCGGGUGGGCAGAUGAUGGAUGAUCCGACGGAGGCGCCGCCUCCGCCGUCACGGGAGGCCUCCCAGGAGGAGCUGGCGCUGGCUCAGGCUCGCACGAAGCUGGAGGCGGCGGAGACGAAGGUCAGGAUGACAGCGGAAGCCGUCGCCCGGGUGCAGGCCGUACAGGCCGGCCCGUUCGUCUGCUACCAGACAUACACGCUCGGAGGCCUCAGCCUAAGUAUAGACACCAUCCGUCAGGCGCUGGUGGCGGGUGCGCCGUUGCGUGCCGUAGUGUGGACCAAGCCGGCGCCGCCGCCGCCGCAGCAGCAGCCGGAGGAGGCCGGCGAGGAGCCGCCGCCGCCGCCGCCGCCGCCGCCGCCGUCGUGGUACUCGGAAGUGAAAGCCGCGGCGGAGGCUGCGCUGUGGGAGGAUCUGUUCGCGCGCCUGGCGCCGUUGGAGGUGGAGGUGCCCCGUUACGAGCCACCGCCGCCGCCAAAGGUAGAGCCCAAGAAGGGCAAGAAAGGAGCGGCCGCUCCUGCGCCAAAGGGCGGUCCGAAGGGCAAGGCAGCGGCGGCGGCAGCGGCAGCCGCCGCCGCGGCGGAGGCAGCGGCGGCAGCGGCCACCCCAGAGGAUUCCCCAGGGUACGACAUACUGGCGUCAUCGCUACACCGCCUGGCGUCGCAUGUGCGCGCCUACGAGGAAUGGCGCGCCUCUGUUAAGGUGUACGACUGUAAGCAAUUGGAGGAACCGAAAGCAGCCGACGCGUCGGUGGACCCGGCGGUACCGGAGCCUGCCCCGGCGGCCGUCGGCGCCGUACCGGCGUCCGGGGUGGCGUUAGGCACACCCGCGCCGUCGGCUGGAGCACCUGCACCAGGGGGACCUCGCACCGGGACCCCGACGCCUCCGACGGCGGCACAGGCAGCGGCAGCUGCUGCGCCAGCCCCAGCAGCAGUUGGCGACGGCGACGGCGCUGCGCCGCCAGAAUCGCCCCCGAAGCAGCCGCCGCUGAGCCUUGGUUACUACGGUGCGCUGCUGGAUAGCGUGGUCCCUGAGCGCAUUAGCGUGCCGCUGGUAAUGCACGCGCUGCUAGAGCAGGUCGCACGGAAUAUGGCGUCACUGGAUGCCGGGGAGGACCUGACGGAGGCGAGCAACGUGGCGGCGGCGGAGACAGCGGCACUGGCGGCGCUUGAGGGCGCGCUGGCGGCACUGGGUUCGGACCGCCAGGCUGCGGUCUUCGCGCCGCAACCCGAGCCGCCCGCUGACUACUCGCUCGUCGUCGAGGGCGACCCGCUCGCCACCGCCGCCGCCGGCCUCACGACUGGUUUUGUGCACUCAACGCCGCCGCGCCCCGACUCGCCGACGUCGCCGUUCGACAUGGCCGUCGUUGGCAGUGGCCAUGUACCGUCGUCGGGUGACGGCAGCAUCGGUAUGUUUGGUGGCGCAGGCUACGGCAAGGGUCCGGAGGGGCUCUUCACGCACGCGGGCACUCUGGAUGUAGAGGCGGUGGAAGCGCAUAUGCUGCAUGUGAUGAUGCUGCCUGGCGCCAGGUCCUUUGCGGAUGCGGCAAGGUUAGCGGGCGACGCAGCGCUGGAGGCCAGCGGCGCUUUCGGCAUGGGCAAGGGGCUGGAUGCGCUGAGCAAGAGCCUGCGCCGUACAGCCCUUCAGGCUGAGGCCGCAGGCUUGCCAAUAGCUGCCAUCGAGCGAUACCAGAUGCUGCAGGCGGCCGCGGACCUCCUGCCCCCCUCCGCCAAGAUGGCGCACGAGGACGCCAUCCUGACGCGUCACUGGCACGAGCCGAUGGACCCGCCAACGCUCAAGCAGGCGCUCAACGAGGCGGUCACACAGCUGCCGGCCAUGUCGUCCGUGUACUACGGGCCUGCGGACGAGGUAGUGGUGGCGUGCUACGCGGCGGAUAACCUGGCCAGCGUUACUACGGGUCUGCCGGUGGCCAUGAACCUGUCCGCCUACGUCCGGCGCGCUGUCGAGGCGGAGCCGGGGCCUGUUGACCUGCCGCCAAAGGUUUAUAAGAUGGAUGUGCAACUGGCUGCGGCCGUAGAAGCUCAUCGGCGGACGGCUUUUCUCUACACCAGCACGUCUUGUGUGGUGGCGGCGCCGAUGCCGGCGGUACUGCGCGCCGAGGCCAGCUCCGUACCGCCCGGCGUCGCGACGGCGGCGACGGCGGCGGCGGAGGCGGCCAUGCGCGAUGCCGCGAACGGCAGCGGUCCGCUACCCGUGGGCGGCCUCACAGUUACGCGAGGCUCGACGACUGUCCGUUUCCGUGACGGCAGCGCCUGCAGCUGCGCCGCUGACGGUGACGGGCCGCUGCUGCUGGCAGCAGUCCAGGGUGGCGCGCUGGUGACGGCGUACCACCUGACCGAUCCGAAGACUGCGGCGGCGGAGGCAGCGGCGGCAGCGGCCGCUGCCGCAGCCGCAGCUGCCGGCAAUGGCGAUGACGCAGCGGCGGGCGGCACUGCGCCGCCAGCGCUGUCUGCAAAUUCGUCGGCGUCGUCGCCGCCAUUGCCAAAACCCACCAUGAGCGCCGCCGAGGCACUCAAGGCGGGUCUGCGUGGAGAACUGGAUAUGAGUGACGAUGAGGAGGACGCGGACGAGGACGCCAUGGGCGGACUGGGGCGGGGCCUGGCGUCGGACCGUCGAGAUCUGCCUGUGUCGGCAGUCCAGGUCACAACGCCGUCGGGGCAUGUCGUACGGAUGACGACGGACGGACAGGUGCUCAUCACGCCGGCGGACGACCCCGCCGUCGCACCGCUGCUGCCCUUCCGCGGCGUCGCGGUGCACGGCGCGCCGCUGGCAGGUGCGGAUCUGGGGGCGCUACGCACGUCCCUAAUGCCCAGCGCCUUCCGCGCCGUCACGCGCGACGGGCUGCUGGUGUCCGCCGCCGGCGGCGCUGUGGAGCGCGUGAUCUGCCCUGACGGCAGCGUCAGCGAACGCAUUGACGUGGACGAAUGGCUGGCUCCGGAUGGCUCGACGGCGCGGGGCUGGGCGCGCACGCGCCUAGACGGUAGCCGCUGGCGGGAGCCUGACGCAGGCUCGAAGCCGAGGCCGCCGCCGCCGCCGCCCCCCCCAGUAGAAGAGCCGGAGCCAGAACCGGAGACGAAGAAGCCCGCCAGGAAGAAGUCCGCAGGCGGCGGUGCAGGAAGCGCGAAGAAAGGAGGCAAGAAGAAGGGCGCGGAGGAGGAGACGCCGCCGCCGACACCGCCACCGCCGCCGCCGACACCGCCGCCGCCGCCGUUCACGUUAGAGCUGCCACGCAUCGGCGCUGCGACUAUGACGGACCCGGACACGGGCGCCCGGGUCACCACUCGCCAGGCAGGACUGGCGUUCCCCGCACUAGACAACGUCCUGGUGGUGGCCUACCCCACAGGGGACGUCUUGGUGCAGGACUACGACGGCACGAGGUUGUCCCGCCUGGCGGACGGCAGCUGGUCCAUAGAGAUGGAGGGCUUUGCACCCAUCAUCGGCUCCCCAGCGGGCAUCACCACCUCCCCUUGCCCCGGCGUCACCCUCGCCUGGGACGCCACCACCGGCGUCAUCACCACCACCCUGCCUGACGGCGGCGCCGUCACGGCGGCGCCGUACAUCGCCGCUUUCGCGCCGCCGGGGGUGCUGGUGCCGCCGCUGGAGAUGCUGUCUGCAGCACCGGAGGAGGACGAGGCAGCGGAGGAGGAGGAGGCAGAGGAGGGAGAGGAGGAAGGUGGUGGGAAAGCGAUGCGGCUGACUGCCACCGAGAAGGAAGCCCUGGAGACGGUGAAACUGCUGGAUCGGCUGGCCUCCAGUCCAGACAUGCAAAACGUAUUCCUCUUCGACCCACGGAGGGGGUCCUGUGCGUACUUCGAAUCACCGACACUCCGCUUCCUUUUGCUGGGCCCGGCUGCACGCGCCGCGGUGGCGGCGGCGUCUUCCGCCGCCGCCGCCGCCGCCGCCGGCGACGCCGCCGCCGGCCCCCCAUCACAGCAGGCCAGUGCCUUUGACAUUUCCACGGCGGCGGCGGCAGCAGCGGCAGUAGGCGGCGGGGCGGCGGUGCAGCUCCCUAGGUCAUACUGGCCGCCUCCGGAGCCGCUGCUCAAGGUGCAUAUUCCGGAGAUGCCUCCCGCACCGGCCCCGCCACCGGCCCCCGAAAAAGAGGAGUCCUCCUCCAGCACCCUCCGAGGGGAAUACAGCGAUAACACUCUAGGUACCACCGGCGCCGACGGCACCAGCGGGCCCAACCGCGCUACGCCAUCCAAAAGCCCUGUCCAGUUUGCCGAUGACGACGAUGAUGACGAAGACAGACCACUGGUACCACCACGACCGCCAACGCCACCAACGCCCGAGCCGAUUAUCACGUACCAGCCCGUCGCUACCUCCAUCAAGCCGCGCAUCUUUGUCCUCCGCAGCGAUGGCACCGGCUUCGAAAUCCUCGAUACGGAGGUCGUACAGUCGUACCUUGCCGGCCGCCGCGUGCUGGCGGAGGAGGCCGCCGCCGCCGUCCUGGCCCGGCCCGGCUCGGCGUCGCCUUCGGCACCGUCACCGGUGCUUCCGGGGCUAUCAGCCGACCUGGCCGUGGAUAUCCGUUCUGAGGAGCUCGAGGGUGCGGAUGAGGAGGGCACGGUGGUCCACUCGGUGCUGGUGCAGGUGGCGCAACGACCCACGGGUCUUGAUCCGCUGCCAGUGGGCGGUGCGGCGCUGCUGCAGCGGUACAAUCCCCAUGCGGAGGAGCUGAUGCCUGCCUUCAAGCGGUUGUCGCAGCUGCUGAAGCCGCCGCCAGGUGCUGGGCUGAGCAGCGUGCAGUACCUGCCCCGCAUAUUGGCGUACGAGCCGCCCUCUGUACGGCAGCCCCCGCCACUGCCCAUCCUGGUGUACCGAGAGCUGCUGGAGCUGCCGCAACUUGGCUCCGAAACCAUUUCUAGCAUCCGGGAAGUGCUGGCGCAGCAGGCUCGCACCGAGCUGACUCAGGAGCGCAUCUACGCGGCUGCGGUGCCGCUUUCCGACACGCGGCCUGAAGACGUCAGGCGGCAGGACGCCGACGUGCUGUCCGCCAUACUGGAGCUGCGUUCGCGGCCGCCCGCCACGAAGGCCAAGUCGGUAGCGGCGGAGAUGCGGCGGCGGCGGGAGACGUCCGAGGCAGCGGCAGCGGCACGUGAGCAGGCGGCGCGGGAGCGGGAGAUGGCGGUCGCUAUUAACAGCGAAAAGGAGAAGCGGCCGUGGCCGGUCAAAGUCGGACCGUUCGACAACACGCCAAAGCGGCCAACGGAGGGCAAGCCUCUUAACUACUUUGAGGCGGAGGAGGGACUGCUGGCAUUGGAGAACGACCCUGUUAUCCGGGAGCCAAUUAACCGUCGCAUGCUUCCGCCGCGCCUGCCGCCGCCGGCGGCCACACCGGGCGCGCCAUCGCCUUACGCUCAAGGCGUGUACGUCGCUGAGCGACCCACGCCGGCAGCCGCAGAUGCCGCGGCCUCCGCCGCGGCGGUGGCGGCAGCUGCUGCUGCCGCCGAGCACGCUGCCUUUGGCGGCGCGGGCGCUGUGUCCAUGGCACACAGCAACGCCGCCACCGCCGCUACCACCGCCGCCUACGGCGGCGGCGGCGGCGGCGGCCGCGAUGCAUCAUUGCACCGUACGGUCGACUACACCUACCCCGAUUUGGGCCACAGCCAGAUCCUGGCGGCAGCAACGCAAGCACCACCGUCGGUCAAGACGCACGUGUUCGAUGUGUACGGCCAACCGCGGACGUUGCCGCCGCCGUUGCCGCGGCAUCACCUUAAGGACGAAGCGGAGGCUGCACUUAACGAGCCCUACCUACGUGCAGAGGCGGAUGCAGUGCGGCUAGGUAAGACCACCUCCGCGUCCCUCAUUCGCCACUCCGGCAAGGCGCUGCAGCAGUUCACGCUCAAGCCGGGGCAUCUUCAUUUGGGGACGGUGCCUGUGGGCGCUGUGGCUCACAGAACCGCGAGGCUGACGAAUGUGUCGACCGGCGCCGCGAGGUUCACCGUUGUCCGGCCGCAGCUUCCGCUGCGCGUCAUUUACAAGCCCGGGCCUCUGGCGGCGGGCAUGGAAGCUCUGUUAACCGUGGAGUUCGUGGCGGAGAAUCCGGGAGAUUUCGUGGGUGAGGUGGUGGUUAAGAGCGAACUCAAUGUGUUGACCAUGACGGUCAGCGCCAAGGUGGUGCCGGGGGAGCCGCAGCCGCCGGCAUCGGAGGGUAGCUCGGCUGCCGUCGCGGCCGCGGCGGCGGUGGCGGCGGCGGAAGCCGCUGCCGCGGCGGCCGCCUCCGGCGGCCUGCCGCCGGUCACGUCGAACCGUCGGUCCGUGUCCAACAGCAGCCGCUUGGCAAGUCCGCUGGCUGGGGCGUCUCGCGGCGCCUCGCCAGGUACUGGCGUGCAUGGUGUCGUGGGCGGCUUGGACUUAUUGCCGCAGCUCGAUGAGACCAAGACGUUGGACCAACUACUGGGGAGAGACGGCGAGGGAGGUGCGGUCAUGUGAGGUAUCCAAGAGGUGAAAUGGCGGGCGGGGCUGCGUAGGCGGGCGGAUAGCAUAGCGUGGGGCGAUGGAUGAGAGUUCGGGCGGCCCAUCAAGUGUCGUGUUCCGAAAGCCUGGCGCGGGCGGCAAGAGGGGGAAGGCCACGGAAGGUGGCUGUGUCGCAUGGGACAUGGACGAGAUGUCACGCCGUAAGGGCUCCCAAAGGCUGAACCGAACAGUUGCAACUAGCCAACCGCCGUAACGCACGUUACCUGACAACGGUUGCGGCGAAGCGCCGAGGUGAGGUGGGAGAGGCGCACGCUGGAAGGUUAGGGGGAAUGACUGACAAAAUGCAUCUGCAUCUGAGACAGAAGAUGGGUAGGGAGAGCCGUAGGUUGGUUGGUUGGUGCAUGGCCUGCGGUAGAGGGUCCGUUCGGUCGCGCCUCCGCGGCCAAGUGUGUCGUUCAGGGCGCAAGCAUGGGGUCUUGUAAGCGGUAUUGCUGUAUUGACCCAGUUAGCCGCCGCGGGGAGGCGAUUUCGCUGUCUGUCGCUUUGUCGACCAGGUGUAAGAGAACUGGCCAGGGGAGAGACUACCCGAGCGCCGUGCACGUUGACUGAGUGCGAUACGCUGCCCGGGGCUUUACCAGGGAUUUAAGUUACUGUGGGGAUGGUGUGGCGGAAUGUGGUGGUGGGGAGUUUGAAGGCUGUGUCGGUGUGUCGGUGGGUGUAGAUGGAUGCCUGAGGACCUCGCAGCGGCGGCACACGGAGCUCUCACAGGUUAGGUCGCUUGGAAGGGGAGGGCCAGGCCGGGCUGGAAGGGGAGCUGGCUGGGGGAGCUCAGCGAUUAUGUGUGGACGGCUGCACACUGCGCCGCGCAGGGAAGCGGUAGCCUACGUGAUUGUAACCUAUGCCUGUGUAAUGUAAUGUAAUUC